CCCCCCCCCCCCCCCCCCCCCCCCCCCCCCCCCCCCCCCCCCCCCCCCCCCCCCCCCCCCCCCCCCCCCCGCCCGCCCCCUUAACUGAAUGAUCUGAAAAUAGUCAUUAGUGGCGUCAUGAAUCGCACGUUUUUUUAUCUUGACCAAUAAUUGACAGUUAACGGGCUAAAAAGGAGUUAUUUAAGGAGAAAAAAAUAAAAUAAAACAAUUCUAGUACGUAAUCACAGCUGUUGAUCAAUGGUAAAAAUGACGUCCUUACAAAAAGGACAGUUAUAAAAAGAUCUUUUUUUUUCAGCGAUGUGACUAGAACUAAAGCAAAAGCUGUUUAAAUUCCAUGAUUUUCAGUUUUUAAUGAGUUUUUGUCGGUUUAGGAGUCAACCAAUUAUAAUAGUCUUAAAAGCGUAAGUAGAAGAAACAGGAACAUUUGUAAAUUGGAACGUUGUUAGAUUUUUAAACAGAUAUUGAAGAAAUUCCUGGUUACAAAUAAGAUGUUUUUGUAACAUGUUGAAAUACCAUAGAGUUUAACUAAGUAGCAUUAUUUAUUCCAUCUCAGUAAACGUUUGCAUUAAAAAAAAAACACACAUUUACAGUUGUAUUUUGUUGAGUUUUCUAAUACCUUACUAGAACAACUGACCUAGGAACAGAGGCAUUUAUCAUAUUAAAAUUGUUACGAAAUAUAUGCAUCUAUCUAUCAGACAUUUGGACUCCUCAAAUAGGCCCAUCUGUAUCCUUUCUUUAGAAAGUUUUGAUAGUUUCAUAUGAAUCUUAAUUCCCUAGUUAUCGUAAUUCGAUGCGGUCAAUCCCUUUCAGAUCUGUCCUCAGCUUACUGGCAUCGAUGCAGAAAAAUAUUUUAGUUAGUUUUAUAGACUAACAACUUUGAUUAACAUUUAAUACUUUUUAAUUCGUUUGAAAGCCAAUCAAGCCCUUCGUAAAUUCCUGUUCCACUUGUUGCACAUGUUCCUUCAAUAUGCCACUUAUGACAACGUAAUGAGUUUAAAUCUAAUUUUUCGGCUACAUCUGAACAAUUCAUUGCAUUUGGCAUAUCCUGAGAAAAAAGACAAGAACAACAUCAAAACAAAUUUCGUUAGAUCCAAAAUGAAUGUCUGUCAACUAUUUUAACGAAUUAGAGUAUUGUCAUUUUUCUCUUUCUCUUGUUUCGAUUAUAAAUAUAUUGAUGCAAUACCAUGAUCGCAAAAUCGACUUUUUUUACGCUGAACAGAAUCGGUCCAAUUUCUUUUCUGAAUAACUUAUUGAAUGAAUGUACGGGCAGCAAAGUAUCUCUUUAUUCAGAUCACUUUUCGCAUUUUGGCGCGAACAUAUCAUUUUGGCGCGAACGUAUCGUUUUGGCGUAACCUGAUAGUAACUUUUUUUCUUGUUAAAAACGGACGAGAAAGUCAUUAAGUGGCCUUUACAGUGUGCGGCAUACGUGUGGCAACAGUUUCUCAUCGUUUCUAUAAUACGAAACAUUUCAGAAAGUCAUCGAGUGUAAAACAUACACACUUUACACCCUGUGUUUACAGAGCAGAGUUACAAAUUUUGAACCUUUUUCCCAGUAUCGCCUUCUUACUUUGUAAAGUAGAUGACAGUGUCUAAUCGAUAUAUAGAGCCAAAUCAUCGACAAGUAUAUGUAGACCUGAUAGCUUAGUAGGAUAAGCCACAGAUACGCAAUCUAUAUGUAUGCUAUGUCCACUGGGCGCGGUGCGAAUCCGUGCAGUGCAGGACUACGCACUUUUUUUUCGUUUUCUUAUGUUAUGUAUUACCGGAACCGACCACCGGAAACUGGCAGAAAAAAGAUAGCGUUAAUUCGGUGCGAAUUCCGGUCGCAAAGAUCCGGUGCACUUCCAUCCAGUUUCGGCGUUAAUCUGUGCCGUUACCGAUCGGAAAUGCACCAGAUCAACGCCGGAAACGACCGAUUCUGACAACGGAACGAUCGCCGAAAUCACGGACCUGGGUUGUUGCAAAAAGUCCAAUCUUGUUUAGUGUUUUUCUGAAACGUAAUUGCACUAUGAACAUGUUCCUCGCCACAGCUUCGACCAGAGGAUGUUGACUGAUAAAAACGACAAUCUUAGACAAGAAAAUUAGACUUUUUGUAAUUACUUUAUAUUUUUUAUGCUAGCAUGCUAUGUAUCUCAGGUUAUCAGCUACGAUGAGUCCAACGAGCAUGUGCAGGGAUAUGUGCCGCAUAUGCUUUGCAUAUGUAAUAUAUUUUGUGAUCCAGCACAACAGCUUUAUACGAGUAUACGACACUUUUAACAUUUUCAAACAUUUUCUUCUAAAAGCCGAAAGGUAUUACUGCUGCUCAACAGUGUGAAUUUCCUACAGCCAAGCGUCUGAUGUGCUGGGCGCAUACAUUAUGCAAAUGCAGAGAACAUCGGAAGAUGGUUCCCAGAGAUAAAUGGCCUGAUAUUGAGAAUGAUAUCUGUACGUUACAACUUGCAUUUGGUGAUGUGUAUUUGAUGUAGGAAUAAAACUGUUGUUAAAAAAAUGGAGAGAUGAUUAGGAUUUGCAUGUUUUUGCUAAAUAUUUUGAAGAACACUGGGUGAAUACAUUGAAAUUUUGGUAUGAAGGUGCAGCAAUGGUGAGUGAACAUGAGAUAUUUUUCUGUUGUAUUCGCAUCUACCUUCAUACUAUGACAGGGUAUGCCAAGUACAAACAAUGGUCUGGAAAGCUUGAAUGGCAAAAUAAAGCAAACAUAUACUCUUCGGAGUAAACUGAAAUUAUCAUCGUUUUUGCCAACCGUCGUUACAAUGCUGCAGGACUGGUCUCAUAAAUCUGAAGGUGUUGGAUUUAGAACAUUUCCAAAUAUUGAUGCAUCUUCAGAAGCAGCUGCUUGGAAAUGGCUACGUGAUUUGGAUAAAAAUUCGUUAUUACCUUGUUAUAUAAAUAAUAUUGUCAUUCCAUUAUCUCACCCAAGUAAAAUGAAUGCUGCAACAUGGCUACAACAAUAUUCGUUAAUGCCAUGA